UCAGGCACACCGGGGCUUUACACCGAUUUCCGUGAUAUCUUAAAGGUUUUCGACCCCGAAUCCGCGAUCUGUGUCUUGUUCGCAUCCCGUCAUUCGUUGGUGGGCCCGUCAACAUGUGUGGCAUUUUCGGUUACGUCAACUACCUGGUGGAAAAGGACCGGAAGUUUAUCAUUGACACCCUGAUCAACGGUCUUUCCCGGCUCGAGUAUCGCGGUUACGACUCUGCCGGUCUCGCCAUCGAUGGCGACAAGAAGAAGGAGGUUUAUGCCUUCAAGGAGGUUGGCAAGGUCGCAAAGCUCAAGCAGCUCAUAGAUGAGUCGCAACUCGACCUGACCAAGACCUUCGAUUCGCACUGCGGCAUUGCCCACACACGCUGGGCCACGCAUGGCCCGCCGUCCCGGGUGAACUGCCAUCCUCACAGGUCCGACCCGAACUGGGAGUUUUCCAUUGUUCACAAUGGCAUCAUCACCAACUACAAGGAGCUAAAAACCCUGCUUGAGAGCAAGGGCUUCAGGUUCGAGACCGAGACGGAUACCGAGUGCAUUGCCAAGCUGGCCAAGUACAUCCAUGACCAGCACCCGAAUAUCGGCUUCACCGACCUAGCCAAGGCCGUUAUCAACGAACUUGAAGGCGCCUACGGACUGCUGAUCAAGAGCGUGCACUACCCUCACGAGGUGAUUGCCGCUCGCAAGGGCUCGCCGCUGGUCAUUGGUGUCAAGACACAGAAGCGCAUGAAGGUCGACUUCGUCGAUGUCGAGUACGCCGAUGAGAACAGCCCGCUGCCCGCCGAGACGGCGUCGCAGAAUGUGGCCCUGAAGAAGUCCACCGCAGGGAGCCUGCUCUCCCCUAACGGCCUGCUGGGUGCCCCAGACAAGUCGCUGCUUCACCGUUCGCAGUCGCGGGCCUUCAUGACAGAUGACGGCCUGCCAAUGCCCACCGAGUUCUUCUUGUCGUCGGAUCCGUCGGCCAUCGUGGAACACACCAAGAAGGUUAUGUACCUCGAGGACGACGAUAUCGCGCACAUCCAUGAGGGUUCGCUGAAUAUCCACCGCCUGAGGAAAGCGGAUGGCAGCAGCAAUGUGCGCGCGAUCCAGACGCUCGAGCUUGAGCUGCAGGAGAUCAUGAAGGGCAAGUUCGACCACUUCAUGCAGAAGGAGAUCUUCGAGCAGCCCGAAUCGGUCGUCAACACGAUGCGUGGCCGUCUUGACAUCGGCAACAAGACGGUAACCCUGGGUGGGUUGCGCAGCUACAUCAGCACCAUCCGCCGCUGCCGCCGCAUAAUCUUCAUUGCCUGUGGCACUUCGUACCACAGCUGCAUGGCUGUCCGCGGCAUCUUUGAGGAGCUCGUAGAAAUCCCAAUUGCCGUGGAGCUCGCUUCAGACUUUUUGGACCGUCAAGCGCCCGUCUUCCGGGACGACACAUGCGUUUUUGUGUCGCAGUCUGGCGAGACGGCCGACUCUUUGAUGGCGCUGAGAUACUGCUUGGAGCGCGGAGCCCUGACCGUUGGUAUUGUCAACGUGGUCGGUUCGAGCAUCUCGCUCCUGACGCAUUGCGGCGUGCACGUCAAUGCGGGACCCGAAAUCGGUGUUGCAUCAACCAAGGCCUACACUUCGCAGUUCAUCGCCAUGGUCAUGUUCGCCUUGUCUCUGAGCGAGGAUCGGGCUUCCAAGCAGAAGCGGCGUGAGGAAAUUAUGGAAGGCCUCAGCAAGAUCAGCGACCAGAUCAAGUUGGUUCUCGAGCAGGACAAGAAGAUUAAGGCGCUGUGUGAGAAGACGUUCAAGAACCAGAAGAGUCUUCUCCUCCUCGGUCGCGGUAGCCAGUACAGCACAGCGCUGGAAGGCGCCCUCAAGAUCAAGGAAAUCAGCUACCUGCACUGCGAGGCUGUCAUGAGCGGUGAGCUCAAGCACGGUGUGCUCGCGCUGGUGGACGAAAACCUGCCCAUCAUUAUGAUUUUGACCCGGGACAGCCUCUUCAAGAAGAGCCUGAACGCCUACCAACAAGUCACUGCCCGUGGCGGCAAACCUAUUGUGAUUUGCAACACCGGCGAUGAGGAGUUCAAGGAGAACCAGGCCGAGAGGAUCGAGGUACCCAAGACGGUGGAUUGUCUGCAAGGCAUCUUGAACGUCAUUCCACUUCAGCUGAUCGCCUACUGGCUUGCCGCUAUGGAAGGCCUGAAUGUCGACUUCCCCCGGAACCUCGCCAAGUCGGUGACUGUCGAGUGAGCACCGACAGGCGAGUGAGGCGAGUCACGGAGCAACAGGAAGCCGUCCAUGUCCCCUUCUGGGCUUGGAUAGCCGACUCUGGACUAGCAUGUAUUAGUAUUCGUUGACUACAGUACCAUCCGCUGGUUAGGAGUUGACGGGAGAACAAUCGGGGUAAGGGUCCCGGAAAACUCAACAGCGUUGCGGGUCCGUAAUAUUUGGUUUGGGCACACAGGGUUUUGUCGGUGGAUUUCAUUUGGGCCGGAGAACUCUAGCGAUAGCAUCAGGUAGUAUUGUCACAUGCAGUGUCAUGCGUUAUGCGAUAAUUGAGGAUGCAGUCACAGAGACCACACCAGUAUUUCCGCAUUUCUAAUGUUACAGAAGUUUCAC